CAAAUUCCAAUCCAAAAUUCAAACUCUUGCAAUAUUUUAAUCCGUUUCGGGUUUCAUGAUCAAGAAAUCCACAAAACACGCGUGUUGAUCAACCCGAGUCGAUCCUAUAACAAUCUUAGAAUGUUUAGAUGUUAGCUCAUGCAAGAUCUUUUUUGAAAUUACACAUAUAGAUAUCACAUUAUCAUGGGCGGGUGUGCUUCUAAAUCGCACAAAACAUCAAGAUCACGAAAAUACUUCUUUUCUUCUGGAAAAUGGAAUAGAAGGGUGUCCACUUCUGUCCCUCUUAGCGUCGAAGAGUUUGCAAAUGGAGUUGCAUCGGGUUUUCAAGAGGAGACGUGGUUCGACUCCAUGAGUAUAUUAGGAUCAGACUCUGAUGAUGAUUUUAUUAGUGUACACGGAGGAAAUGCAAACGAUGAGUAUGCCGAUUACAAAUAUGAUAAAAAUAUAUUAGAGAACGAUCAUUCUAGCUUAAGGACUGUUAUCGUGUUCUCUAUGAACCAGAAACCUUUGGAUGGGGAUGAAAAAAACGAAAUUUGCCAAUCGAAGAGAUUCGUGUUUCGCCCACGGGCAGGACUUUUGAUUCCUAGAUCAACUAACGAUAAGUCGAGUCCAGGAUGUUGGUCGUUAGUUUCGCCUUCGGUUUUUAAGCUUCGGGGUGAAAAUUUCUUUAGAGAUAAGCGAAAGGACCCGGCUCCAGAUUAUAGUCCGUAUGUUCCAAUCGGUCUUGACUUGUUUGUUUGCCCUCGAAAGAUUGAUCAUAUCGCUCAACACGUUGAACUCCCUUUUGUUGAUGUGAAUAAGAAAGUACCUUCAUUGCUUAUUGUUAAUGUUCAGUUGCCAACGUAUCCAGCUACACUGUUUCAUGGUGACACUGAUGGUGAAGGGAUAAGUCUAGUUUUAUAUUUCAAAGUGUCCGAAAACUUUGAUAAAGAAACCUCACCUUGUUUUCGCGAAAGCAUUCAGAGACUAGUCAUGGAUGAGAUGGAAUUAGUGAAGGGUUUUGCUAAAGAUUCUUUAGUUCCUUAUCGGGAACGACUCAAACUAAUGGCGGGUGUAGUUAACCCCGAGGAUCUUGAGUUAUGUUCCGCUGAAAAAAAGCUUCUAAAUGCUUAUAAUGACAAACCGGUGCUUACGCGUCCUCAACACGCAUUUUAUCAGGGACAUGACUACUUUGAAAUAGAUCUAGACAUACACAGAUUUAGCUACAUUUCACGGAAAGCACUUGAUGGUUUUCGCGAGCGGUUGAAACAUGGGAUACUCGAUGUUGGUUUAACGAUUCAGGCACAGCAUCCUGAGGAACUACCAGAGCAAGUUUUAUGUUGUAUUAGACUCAACAAGAUUGACUUUUGUGAUCAUGGUCAAAUUCCUAGAAUUUUAAUCCCAAAUAGUGAUUAAUUUUUUGUAUUAUUGAUUUUCUUUUGCUUUAAAGCAUAUUCUUUUCUAGUGAUUA